AUGGACUCCUACUGCCGCACAAUGAUGCCCUGGGAGUUCAACCAACAUUAUCUAAUGGAGAGUGCUGGAACAAGGCAAGCUAACCGGAGCAUUAUUCCAACCACAAAGCUCCUCGCCGGGUUCAAUUUAACAAGCAUAACAACCCGAGGGGAAAUCCUGCUGCCCACGAAUGCCGAAAGGGUGAUGAAGACGACCCUUUUCGAAGUUGUAGACGGCGAUAUGGGUUACAAUAUUAUUCUUGGAAGACCAUGGUUGCACGAGAUGAAGGCUGUGCCGUCAACAUACCAUCAACUUCUGAAAUUCCCAACUCCGGAGGGAAUUAAACAAAUAAGAGAAGAUCAACCGGCAGCAAGGGAGAUGAACACGAUCUUAGUUUCUAAUAGCAAAGGAAAAGAGCAUGCGACAUAG